GUACUAGAUCUAUAACACUCUCGGAGUCUCGUGUGCUGCUGAGAAUCUAGGAGCCUAAUAAAUAGGCUAGAACUAGAGAUCUGUUCUAGAUAUUCUUCUCUAAUAACAACCUGAGUAAUAUAGAUCUAGUUAAAGUACGGUGAAGUUUGAGCUGCUAUUGACAAAAAUCAAAAUGUGUCCCAGAUUUUUACUGCCUGGAAUAAUUUUAGUGAUUGCAAGCCAAACGCAAGCAGCUCCCCAGGAAGACUUCAUUUCUGACUUGCCAGGUUUAUCAUGGAAACCAAAUUUUAAACAAUACUCUGGAUAUUUAAAAGGUUCUGGAUCAAAAAAGCUGCACUACUGGUUUGUAGAGUCUUCAGGCAACCCCAAAGUAGAUCCUGUUGUUUUGUGGAUGAAUGGUGGUCCAGGUUGUAGCUCGUUGCAUGGAUUCCUUACUGAACAUGGGCCUUUCAGGGUUAAUUCUGAUGGAUCAACACUGCAACCUUUUCCUUUUGCUUGGAAUCAGUUGGCAAGUAUGAUCUACUUGGAAGCACCUGCUGGCGUUGGCUUUUCUUAUUCUGAUGAUAAGAACUACACCACUGAUGACGAUGAGGUAUCAGAGAGUAAUCACUUAGCAUUGCAAGAUUUCUUUCGGAAGUUUCCUGAAUACUCUCAAAAUGAUUUUUACAUCACUGGAGAAAGUUACGGUGGAAUAUAUGUACCUACGUUGGUGUCAAGGGUUUUGGAUGAUCCAACCAUUAAUUUAAAAGGUUUUGCAGUUGGUAAUGGAUUAUCUGAUGAUGAAAUGAAUGACAAUUCUAUUGUUUACUUUGCCUACUACCAUGGUCUCUUGGGAGAUGAGGAAUGGAUAAAUUUGUUGAAAGUUUGUUGUCCAGGAAAAGAAUCAAGUCUAACUUGUAACUUUGUUGCUGGUAUGAAAAAUCCACAGUGUUCCUCAGAGCUGCAAGAUGUACAAAACCUGGUUUGGCGGUCUGGUUUAAAUGUCUAUAAUCUGUAUGCUAACUGCCCAGGAGGAGCUAAAGACCUCACACUUCAUUUUGAUGAAGAGAGGGAAAUGUUUGUUACCAGCAACUUUGGCUGGCCUUUUAUGUUUUUAAAAAGCUCAAUUUAUGACAUGAAACAGAAACUGAAGACUUUACCAGCAAACAAAUUAGUAUCAACACCACCAUGUACCAAUGACACUAAUGUCAUCAAGUAUUUGAACUCAGCAUCUGUUAAAAAAGCUCUCCACAUCUCUAAAGAGGCUGCAGACUGGGACAUUUGCAGCACUGUUGUUGGCAACAAUUAUAAGCAAUUAUAUUCUACAGUAAAGCCUCAGUAUCUGAAAGCAGUUAACAGAAAGCUUCGCGUCCUUGUAUAUAAUGGUGACAUAGAUAUGGCUUGCAACUUUCUAGGCGAUGAAUGGUUUGUGGACUCCUUAAAUUUAACUAACCCACAAGAACGAAAGAAAUGGUAUUACAAAGAAGCUGAUGGUACAACACAAGUUGCAGGCUUUGUAAAAACAUUUGAUUUCCUGACCUUCGCAACUAUUAGGGGAGCAGGACACAUGGUACCAACAGACAAACCUAGACCAGCUUUGGAAAUGUUCACGAACUUUAUACAAAACAAACCUUUUAAAUAUGAACAGCAAUGAUGUUGACCAGUGUUGUUAUGUGUAUUUCAAACAGUUUGUUAUGUGUCACAAUACUGACUUUGAUACAACGUCUUUUAAUUAUUAUAAUAGGAUGCCUCCUGUUUUUUUGUGAUAAAUUGAUACUUUUUUUCAAAAUUAGAUUUUUUACCAGUUGUGUUUAAAUUUCUAACUUUGUCUUUGCUUGUAUUAAACAAGUGCAUUCUGUUAUCUUUGUAUCAAAGAGUAGAAUGUAAAACAGAAGAGCUACAUAUCUAGAUACCUGGCGAUGUUGUACAUAAGCUUCCUUGUGUAAUCUUGUGUCUGAAACUGCCACCACUAGGAUCAGUUUGUGUCAAUAAUGUUUCUUAAGAAUCAAUUGAUUCUUAUAACUGCUUAAUAUAUUUUUCAGUAUUUAUAUAUUAAACUAUACCAGAAAAAUUGUAUUUAGAGUUGUAAUAUAUAAAUAUACUAUAAUCAAUGCCUUAAGAGCUAUACUCUGCUUAUUCUGAAAAGUAUGCCAAAUAUUUUGAGUGAAAAAAUCUUUUUAGGACUCAUAUAUUUCCCCCUCCCCACAGACAAUACCUUCGCCAUCCUUAGAUGUGAAAAGUCUGUAGGUCAGAGCUUGUCUGCAGACAUGCAAAAUACUGUUUGCUUCUGACUUAAAGACAAAAUUAUUACCUUUGUAUUUAUUACAGUAAUGUGCCUGUCUUAUACUGAAACUAUACUUGAAUCAAUUAUUUGCAUUUGGUAAAUAAAUCUAUCAAGCCUAACAUAACUUUUAGUUGUAUCAUAUUCUGGUUUUCAUUCAUUCAAAGGUUGUUUCAUUCACAUGUUGCUAAUUUAAAAAAAAGAAUAAAAAUAAUAAUAAAA